UCCGCACCCUCACCACCCUUCACUCACCACCUGUCAUGUCUCUCUCCGACCCGCGCUGGAAGACGCUGCUGGCACGCAGCAUCAGCGAGCACAUUGGCAACGACAAGAGCACGCUCUACUACGUCCUCACCACGCCGCCCCUCUCCUCGCGCUACGUCGUGCACCGCGGCUUCCUCAACGAGCAGCGCGCCGACACGCCCGAGGGCGUCGAGGCGGCCGACAAGGGCUUUGCGCGCUCCGACUCGCUCCUCACCACUACCGACAUUCGCGCGCCCAAGGCCGUGGCCAUCCAGCAGGCGCAGGACAAGGGCGGCAAGGCCGAGGGCUGCGUGGCAUGGUGGAUCGAGGGCGCACAGCUGCAGUUUCGCAUCUCGGGCACUUUGCAUCUCAUCUCGUCGAGCAACCCUUCCGCACCUGCCUUCCUCGCCCCUCGUUCCUCCAAGGGCGAGACAUUCGACUGGGCGGCUGAGCGUUCGCGCAUCUUUGCCAAGCUCUCGCCCUCGCUGCGCGCCUCGUUUGCGCGGCCCACGCCCGGAUCGAAGCAUCCGCAGGGCGAUGUGAAGGGCGCGGGAGAGGGAGAGGCGGCGCACGAAGUGGGAGAGACGGAAUGGCCAAAGGAGCUGCCGAGUGCAAAGGAGGAGAAGGAGGCGGAUGAGGAGCAGAAGCGAUUGCUGGCGCUCGCAGAGAAGAACUUUGCCCUUGUGGUGCUCCACCCGACGCGCGUCGACGUGGUGGAUCUGGCGCGCGACAGGCGCAGUCUGUUUGAGCGCAGCGAGAGCGAGAAGGACGGCGGCGAGUGGAGCGAGACGCAGCUGGUGCCGUAG